GCCCUUCUCUCUCACACGCAGUUUCAGACCAGAUACUAUGGACUGGGAUCCGGAAAUAUUCGAUCGCUUGGCCUUUGAAGAUCAUCUGGAUGAUCUCGGCAUCUUGGGCGACCACGCGGUCGACGAACUACUUGUCAGGACCACCGAAAACACGCGCAGCGGAAACGAAUUCGGGUUCAAACCUACACAUUUGAAUAUAGGAACGCUUAAAGGCCAUACGUUCUAUAGCGGCUUUGACUCAAGAGUGGAGCGGAACGGUCUGAAUAUCCAAAAGCCUACUGGCGAACCAUUACCAAGCUCAUUUUGGAUACGGUUCAAGGAAGAGGUAGUGCCCAAGCCUGUUAGUUCUCAUUCCUAUCAAUUCUAACCAAAGUCCUAAGUGGUUUCAAAUACGCACGUUCUGCCGGAACCUCGAAGACAAUCUGACCUUCCGCCCGUAUGAGUGUCGGAUCCCUUUCCGUGACGUCGUCCUCGGAGGAAUACAGCUACGGUCGCA